AAUGACAAAAACAAUGAUUAUGAUUCUGAAUCUCCAUUUUUCGUUUGCGAUUUAGGUGAAAUUUAUCGUUUAUUUAUUAAUUGGAAAUUAAAACUACCAAGAAUCCAACCUCAUUAUGCUAUUAAAUGUAAUAAUGACUUGACCGUUAUAAAAUUCUUAUCCAUUUUGGGUGCUAAUUUUGAUUGCGCUUCGAAAAAUGAAAUCAAGAUUAUUUUAAAUAAUAAUAUUAAUCCCAAUAGAAUCAUUUAUGCUAAUACCAUUAAAAACAACUCUUUCAUUCAGUAUGCAAACAAUAACCAAGUUGACUUAAUGACCUUUGAUAACAUUGAUGAAUUGUACAAAAUCAAGAAAAAUCAUCGAAAUUCAAAAAUCUUAUUAAGAAUUAAAACUGACGAUGAGUUCGCUCAAUGCCGUUUAUCUUCAAAAUUCGGUUGUGAUUUGGACCUGAAAACCAUUAGCUCUUUGGUUCUUAAAUGCAAAGAAUUGAACUUAAACUUGGCUGGUUUAGCAUUUCAUAUUGGCUCUGGCACAAAUGACGUUAACUCCUUCUAUAAUUCAAUUAAAAAUUGUCGAGAAAUCUUUGAACUAGCUUGGGGUUAUGGCUUUUCUAAGCAUAAUAUGAACAUCUUGGACGUCGGAGGAGGUUUCUCAAAGGACACAUUUGACGAUUCUUGCGAACUAUUAAACUAUUCCUUAGAUAAAUAUUUUCCUGAUUCUCUAGGAGUUAAAUUUAUUGCUGAACCCGGAAGAUAUUUUGUCGCAACAGCUUUCACUUUGGUUGCAAAUGUUAUUGGCAAAAGAGGAAAUCACCAAAACUCCCACCAUGAGAAAACUAUGCUUUACAUUAACGAUGGUGUUUAUGGAAAUAUGAACUGCAUCUUAUACGAUCACCAGAACCCUUUUGCUAAGGUCGCAACAAACAAUGGCAACUUUGUUUAUUUUGAUGAAGAAAACCUUUCUGGCUCGCAGAAUAAUAACAAAUCCGCUGGAAAAUACAAUGUCUCUAUCUGGGGUCCCACAUGCGAUGGAUUGGACUGCAUCGAUAAAGAUGCCACAUUAAACUAUCCUGUUCAAGUUGAAGACUGGUUAUAUUUCAACGACCUUGGUGCUUACACUUUGUCUGCUACCACUGGUUUCAACGGCUUUGAAAGAAACACCAAAGUCAUAUAUGUCUGCUCUGAG